GACAAUUUCCAACGUAGUACAUAUCAUUCAGUUACACUACGUGUUCUUAUCGUAUUGGUUUCCUUUUCACCUGUUCCUUACUUAACCCUUCUUCUCUUUCCCCUUCUCAUUUCCAUACCUUAUUCUUCACACUUCUCAUGGCUGAAAAGGUCACUGUAAUGAGACUCAAGGUUGAUCUCCAGUGCCACAAAUGCUACAAGAAGGUCAAGAAAAUUCUCUCCAAAUUCCCUCAAAUUCGAGACCAGUUUUAUGACGAGAAGAAUAACAUCGUCACCAUAACGGUGGUAUGCUGUAACCCGGAGAAGCUGAGGGACAAGAUUUGCUGCAAAGGAUGUGGGAUUAUCAAAAGCAUUGAAAUCGUCGAACCGCCCAAGCCCAAACCACCCGAGAAGCCUAAGCCCGAAAAACCCAAGCCCGAAAAGCCCCCUCCCCCGAAUCCGCCCCGUCCAGAGCCGGUGCCUCCGCCUCGUCCAGAGCCGGUGCCUCCGCCCCGUCCAGAGCCGGUGCCUCCGCCNCCGGUGCCUCCGCCCCGUCCAGAGCCGGUGCCUCCGCCUCGUCCAGAGCCGGUGCCUCCGCCCCGUCCAGAGCCGGUGCCUCCGCCCCGUCCAGAACCGGUGCCUCCGCCCCGUCCAGAACCGGUGCCUCCGCCCUGUCUAGGGCCGGUGGCUCCGCCCACUCCAUUGCCGGUGCCUUGUCCUUGGCCAGCGCUGCCGCCAAGGCCGCUUCCGAUCGGAGUAUGCUGUGUACCAUGCUAUGAAGGUCAUGGAGGUGGACCAUGCUUUGAUGGGCACGGUGGGCCACCACCAUGUUAUGGAAGACCUAUUUGCGACAGUUACGGUGGGUGCAGGCCCUGUUACGUGAGCCGGUGCGAUGAAUAUUUCUGUGAAGAUAACACCUCUGCCUGCUCAAUUAUGUGAUGGUCAUCUCCAGGAUCACCUUCUGUUUAUUCAUCGAUUCUGUGAGCCGUGUUGUGCCGCUCAUGCGUAUGCAAUCAUGAAUCCAAGGAAUAAUAAUCUUCUUUGUCUUUUGUGAGUACAAAUUACUUACAAUUCUAUUGCAUGUUACCUGAAAUAUCUUACAUGUUCAUCAAAAGUCUUGAUUAAUAAAGUUUCUCUGGUAAAAGUCAGUUUCCAUUG